AUGUCCUGCUCUGACGAUGUCCGUUACAUGAUGGACGAAAGCGCAGCAAGGAUUAAUCGGGGUCGCAAGACGGUGAGCAGAGGAUCUAUUCGCACAAAUCUACAUUCUAAGCUACAGGACAAUGGCCCACAGCUUCCGGUGGAACCAACUUACGAAUCCCUUCCACUCGCCUCUUCAAAUGAAAUGGAAGACACUUCAGCAUCCUCUUAUUUGUGCUAA